GGAGGGAACUAAGCCUUAUGGGAGCAACGUCACUCCCCCGUGGCAUAACAGCCUCAGUGCGCCGAGUGUGCGCCGCACACACACCGUUACCAGAGGACGCCGGGAUCACAUCCAUCCUCAACGGAACGCGAAAUGCUUUGUGAACUGAAUCGAAGGCGAACAGUCCUCCCCGAUUCCGUGCGUUUCGGCGAGGAGGCAUUCACACGCGCAGGCAUACACGCGGGGGAAAGAAGUAAGAAUUCCGUUUGAAGUGGAGAGAGCGCUCGCGUCAAGUAUGGUCCGUGGACAAGGGAACAUCACCCAGAGCCAACAUCUGUAACUUCGGGAUUUACUUGUAAAGGCGCUUUUAAAGGAGGAUUGCGGGAUAUUCUGCGUUCAAACAUGCCUGUUAGAAGAGGUCACGUUGCGCCACAAAACACAUUCCUUGGAACGAUAAUUCGGAAAUUCGAGGGUCAGAACCGGAAAUUUGUCAUAGCCAAUGCCAGGGUGGAGAACUGUGCGAUCAUCUACUGCAACGAUGGCUUCUGCGAGAUGACAGGCUUCUCAAGACCAGACAUCAUGCAGAAGCCGUGCACCUGCGACUUCCUCCACGGCGACCUCACCGACCAGGGAGCCAUCAGCCAGGUGACCCAGGCGGUGCUGGGGUCUGAGGAGCGCAAGGUGGAGAUCACUUACCACCGCAAAGAUGGAACUGAAUUUCAGUGUAACACUCAUAUAAUCCCAGUGAAGAACGAAGACGGCGUGGUGAUGAUGUUCAUCCUGAAUUUCGAUUAUGUCCUGGACGAGGGAAGUGACAGCUCCACGGAGAAGAUAAGCCCGACGUCCCCUACGAAGUCCGACCAAAGGAGGAGUCGAUUCUUCCGCUUCCGCCAGGCCGCUUUGAGCCUAAUGAAUACUAACAAGCAGUCUCUUCCGCAAGAAGACCCAGAUGCUGUGAUGGUGGACUCACCCAAAGAGAAUGAGGUGGCUUUACAGAGCUUCCCCUCACCCACCAAGAGCGUUUGCAGUCCCAUUGAGGCGAAUGACACGCAUGCCCUCAUAAGCUCAAGCCGCCAUUCUUCCCAGGCCAGUGUUGGACCUGAACCACUUGACCAUUCAUCCCCUAAACUCCCCUGGGAGAAGCUGUAUCAGACCGAGGGACAACAGUCCUCUUCCUCCCUGUCAAACACCUUCCCCAGAGACAGCAUCAGCAGCAUGAGACGGGCCUCGUCCGUCCAUGAAAUUGAGGCGUAUAGUACCAACUCCAAAAACGUAUUCAGGGAUCGCAAUAGUGAAGGCCCUUUUAAUCAUGUGAAGUCCAGCCUGCUUGGCUCUACUUCUGAUUCGAACAUCAACAAGUAUAGCACCAUCAACAAGAUCCCUCUGAUUGCACUCAACUUCUCUAAGGGGCCUGAUAAAGAGACUCACUCGCCGCCAACAUCGGAGAAAACCAUUAUAGCUCCAAAGGUCAAAGAGAGAACACACAACGUCACAGAAAAGGUCACACAGGUCCUGUCACUCGGAGCUGAUGUGCUGCCAGAGUACAAACUCCAGACGCCGCGCAUCGACAAGUUCACUAUUCUCCACUACAGCCCCUUCAAAGCCGUGUGGGACUGGCUGAUCCUGCUGCUGGUCAUUUACACCGCAAUCCUCACGCCCUACGCGGCUGCUUUUCUUCUCAAUGACCAGGAGGAGCAGAAGAGGCGUGAAUGCGGAUACUCCUGCAGUCCUCUCAAUGUGGUGGACUUGAUGGUGGACAUCAUGUUCAUCAUUGACAUCCUCAUUAACUUCAGGACCACCUAUGUCAACCUGAAUGAGGAGGUGGUCAGCCAUCCUGCUAAAAUAGCAAUCCAUUACUUUAAAGGCUGGUUCCUUAUAGACAUGGUGGCCGCAAUCCCCUUUGACCUGCUUAUCUUUGGCUCAGGAUCAGACGAGACGACCACUCUGAUUGGCCUGCUGAAGACAGCGAGGCUCCUGCGACUGGUGCGUGUAGCCAGGAAACUGGACCGCUACUCUGAAUACGGAGCUGCGGUCCUCAUGCUGCUCAUGUGCAUCUUUGCCCUCAUUGCCCACUGGCUAGCCUGUAUCUGGUACGCCAUUGGCAAUGUGGAGAAGCCCUACUUGGAGCACAAGAUUGGCUGGCUGGACAACUUGGGCGUGUCCAUUGGGAAGAGAUACAACUACAGUGAUCCCAGCUCUGGUCCCUCUAUCAAGGACAAGUAUGUCACAGCACUUUACUUCACCUUCAGCAGUCUGACCAGUGUGGGCUUUGGAAAUGUCUCCCCAAACACCAACUCAGAGAAGAUAUUUUCUAUCUGUGUCAUGCUGAUUGGCUCUUUAAUGUAUGCUAGUAUAUUUGGAAACGUCUCCGCCAUCAUCCAGAGGUUAUACUCUGGCACGGCUCGUUAUCACGCUCAAAUGCUGCGGGUCAAGGAGUUCAUCCGCUUCCAUCAGAUUCCCAACCCGCUGAGACAAAGGCUGGAGGAGUACUUCCAACACUCGUGGACCUACACCAACGGCAUCGAUAUGAACACGGUAUUAAAAGGUUUUCCUGAGUGCCUGCAGGCAGAUAUCUGCCUUCACCUCAACCAGAAUCUUCUUCACAGCUGCAAAGCGUUUGAGGGAGCCACCAAGGGCUGCUUGAGGGCCUUGGCCAUGCGCUUCAGAACCACUCAUGCUCCACCGGGAGACACUCUGGUCCACGGUGGUGAUGUGCUCACCGCGCUCUACUUUCUGUCCCGCGGUUCCAUUGAGAUCCUGAAAGAUGACAUUGUGGUUGCCAUCCUGGGAAAAAAUGACAUCUUUGGAGAAAUGAUCCAUCCGUCGGUAAAGCCGGGAAAGUCUAACGCUGAUGUGCGAGCUCUGAGUUACUGUGACCUGAGCACUAUUCAGAGGGAAGAUCUAAUGGAGGUGUUGGACAUGUACCCGGAGUUUGCCGACUGCUUCUUCAACAACCUGGAGCUUACCUUUAACCUCAGAGAUGAGUCUGCCAAGCCUUCAGGUUCCCAGAGUGGUGAUUCAGAUGACGAGGGCACAAAAAGCAUGAAAAGAAGAAUCUCCUUCACACCAGAUCUGUCCAAAGGGGAAAACGAGGAAGUUGUUAAAGACGCAGGAAGGGAGAGGGAGUCUAACCCGUGCCUAAAGAGAUGUUCGGGAGUCCUUUAUUCCUCCUCACCCAACCCCCCAGUCCUGGACUCAGAUGUUAUUGUUAGAGACAGCUUGGAGAGAAACCCAUCUUUUCAAGAUCUCUGCUGUGAUAAAUGGGCCUGUAAAAAACCUACAGGCUACUUGGAUGAGUCAGCACAGUUCCGGGACCUGAGAGAGGAUGAUAACUCUGCCAGCGAAAUCACCUAUGGAGAGGUGGAACAGCGCUUAGGUCAGCUUCAAGAGCACUUAAACAGGCUGGAGUCUCAGCUGAUGUCAGAUAUUCAUACCAUCCUGCAGCUGUUGCAGAGACAGCCACCUCUGGGACCUCCAGCUUACAGCACUGUGACUGCCAGCCCAGAGUAUCACAGACCUGCUGUGAAGGUUCAGCCAGUUCCUCUGACUGCAAGCCACUCUUUCAGCAAUACAGGAACUCAAGACCCGAACCACAAACCGGAGAGCACCAUUCAGGAAUCCAAAGACUCUAUGUUGGGCCUGUCCAACGUGAAUGCAGCCAUUGAAGACAGCCUUACAGCACUGCUUGUACAAAGACCCACAGACCCACAGCAGCAGCAGCAGAGUCAUCAGAUCACGAGGCAUCAACAGUCUGCGUUAAUCCUUCUUCCAUCCGAAACAUCUUCUACCUCCCCUUCCUCCUCAUUCCCUUCUGACUCCAACCUUAACACUUCUGGACUCCACAGACAUGUUUCAGACUCGGAGUUUCCAGUACAAUAAACUAUUUUUCGGCACAGUGUUAUAAUAUCUAGGUUGUAAUACUGUAAUUACUAAGUAGCAACUUAUUUUAUCAGCAUGUUGGCACAGACAUUAUGUAUUGUUAAUUUACAAGGCCUUGGCGAUAUAAAUAAUAUUUUUGUUCAUGAUGCAUGUAGAUGAAACACUGCUGUCUGCGGUUAACAGUGUCAUAACAAACUGUUUUCCGCAGUUAUCAGUUGAAUAACGACGGUUGAUUAUUGUUAUAGUUAUAUAUCCACGGGAGCCCUCCGAUUCACAUUUCUCACUCAAAAUGUAGAUGUCUAACCAAUCAGGCUGGACCUGUUCAACCCAGUGGAAGUUUAUAGCUUGUUCAUAAAAUCUACUUAAACAAGGGUGCCGUUUAAGAGCCUCCAAGCUGGUUGUGAUAGAGCACUACAACACCUAACCACCUUACAAUCCAACUAACCAGGCUUUAUACUUCAAUUGGCUCUAGUAGGCUUUGUAGUCCGCCCUGUGUGACUCGAUACGACCCAACAUACAUUUAAGUGGUGGGGGUAGUCCACAGUCCCAUUAUCAUAACCUCCAUAUCACUGUCACACAUACACGCGCCAGUGAUCUCAGCCAUCAGAGAGAUGUUUUCCACCCUCAAUCAUCGUCUUGCAAAGUAACAUGAUCUGACCUACCUCACACUAGGCUGGUCCCACAGUCCAGCACACUCCAGGAUUUAGGCAUCCGUCCAACAUAUCACUAGGGUUUCCUCCUUGCACCUGCGGUUGCGCCGUAUGCCCGACAAGAAUCCGGGAAGUGACCGAAAAUAGAAAGUGAUGGCAAGAUGCUGCCUGAUACAGGACAUUCCACGCAACAUUAUCAUUGAUCAAUGACUGUGUUGUUGCUAUUAGAGCCAAUGAGAGAAUAAAGCCUGCAGGCAAUACACUUAAAGACUCUACCUCCUAGAGGCCCUGAGACUGCAAAUUCAUUCCUGCAGCUGUUCGUGUAACGCAGCAUUAUUACAAAGGUGUAAGAACGGUUUUCUUAUUCUUAGCUGUAGGCCUGUCUACACUGAAGUGCAACUCAGGGGUUAUGGUCAAUUGCACUGCAAUAUACAGAUCAGUAUGACGUAUACUGUAGUUUUCUUCUUCUUUAAACUAUGUGCAUUAUUUUCUGUGGUCACUGACGUGCACCUACUGUAUUAUUACAUUUAGCCAAGAAAAGACACCAUACAUACUUGUCCAGGCAGACGUCAAUGACACGCAGGUUUCUGCUGUUUUCCCAGUGAUAGGCCUUGGACAAACAAGUGUGAUAUAGGCAUUUCUACAUGGCAGUGCAUGUGUUUUAUAUCUAAUUACUGUUACGCACUGCUGAUGAGCCCAAAGUAGCACAUUAAAAUAUAUGUAUAAAUGAUGUCAGCACACUCUUUUGGGAUGCACUUAGAAGGUGUAU